AUGUUCGCCCUCACGCCGUACCGCGCCAACCAGACGCGCACGUUCGAGCGCCAGAAGGAGCUCCCCCGCCUCCCCAUCCAGACGCUCGACGCCUCGCUCGACAAGUACCUGCGGUCCCUGCGCCCGUUCCUCCUCGACCAGGCCGACGCAGAAGGUCACGGCCAGGACUGGGUCGACAAGGAGCUCGACCAGCGCCGCCAGUGGGCCGCCGACUUUGUCAAGCAGGGUGGGCUCGGCAGGGUCCUCCAGGAGCGCCUCAAGGACGUCGACCGCAUCACGCCGAGCAACUGGCUCGACGACCACUUCUGGAUCAAGGUCGCGUACCACUCGUGGCGCGUCCCGCUCCCGAUCAACAGCAACUGGUGGCUCAUGUGCCACGACGACCUGAGCAUCCCGGCCGAGGUCCGCAGCAGCGGCGCGUCGCAGGGCGAGUUCACCGACUGGCAGAUCAAGCGUGCGGCCAAGUUGACGCAGCGUCUCAUCGACUUCAAGGUCCGCAUCGACCGCCAGGAGAUCCUCCCCGACUCGUCUCGAGCAGGUCCGUUCGACAUGCACCAGUACACGCGGGUCUUUGGCGUCACUCGCCUCCCGCAAAUGCCGACCGACACGCUCGUCCACGUCCCGUACCCGCACCCGAGCCCCAACAUCAUCGUCAUGGCGCUCGACCACUUCUACGUCCUGCGCGUCGUCGACGCGGCGAGCGGCGACCCGCUCCCGACGUCUGAGCUCGAGGCCCAGCUGUGGGCCAUCGCCGAGGACGCACAGCGCCGCGGUGCGGCGCCCGACCCGGUCGGCCUCCUGUCGGCCGACGACCGCGACAGCUGGACCGUCGCGCGCGAGCACCUCCUGUCGGUGUCGCCCGUCAACCGUGCGUCGUGCACAGCCGUCGAGGACUCGCUGUUCGUCCUGUCGCUCGACAACUACACGCUCGCAUCGGCCGAGUACGUCUCGUCGUCGCCGUCGCGCAACACGCCCGACCUCGACGCGCACAUCCGCAACGCGAGCAGCGCCAACGGGACGGGCCGCAACCGGUGGUGGGACAAGGCGGUCGGCGUCCACGUCGAGGCCAACGGGCGCGCGAGCAUGGUCGGCGAGCACUCGCCGUGCGACGCCCUCAUCCCCUCGAUCGUGUGCGACUACGCGCUCGCCGAGAACCUCGACCCGCAGCAGCCGAGUCGGCGCGGUGCGCACGUCGCCGAGGCGCCCAAGCCGCUCAAGUGGGUCGUCGACGACGUGACGCGCGAGGCGAUCGCCAAGGCGGGCAAGACGGUCGAGGAGCUCGCGGCCGACAGCGAGGGCAAGAUGCUCUGGUACGACGAGUACGGCGCAGGCUGGAUCAAGCAGGUCGGCAAGCAGUCGCCCGACGCGUACCUCCAGAUGGCGCUCCAGCUCGCGUACCACAAGACGCACAACAAGCCGACGGCGACGUACGAGACGGCGUCGACGAGGCUGUUCCAGCACGGCCGCACCGACGUGAUCCGCACGUUCAGCGAGGACAGCUGGAGGUUCGUCAAGGCCAUGCGCGACCCUGCAGCCGACGCCAAGACCCGCUACGACCUCCUGUCGGCCGCGACCAAGGCGCACAACACGUACACCAAGGACUCGUCGACCGGUCGCGGCAUCGACCGCCACUUCCUCGGCCUGCGGCUCGUCCUGCGCGAGGGCGAAUCGCACCCGCUGUUCGACGACCCGCUGUUCGCCAAGAGCCAGGAGUGGGUCCUCUCGACGAGCGGCCUCAGCGCCGGCGACCGCUUCUUCGGGACGGGCUUUGGCGCUGUGUACCCGACCGGAUACGGCAUCAACUACCUCGCCGGCAACCAGGUCAUCAAGUUCGGCAUCGAGUCCAAGGUGUCGUGCAAGGAGACGUCGACCGAGGUCUUCCGGCGCAACUUGACCGAGGCGCUGCGCGAGAUGCGCCAGGCGUGCGAGGAGGGGCAGUCGCCACCUGCGCCGGAGCAGGAGGGCGCGUCGGCAGGGACGGCCAAGCUGUGA